AUGACGCGCGCGCGGGCGCCGCGACGGCCGCGCCGCCCCGCGUCGGGCGAGGCGUUUUAUAAAAAUACUAGGACUAGUCAGGACGAUACUAUGACGUCACGGAUACAACGACUAAAUUACGAGCGAGCUCGUCGUCAACGUCGAGCUCUCGGAGGGGAGUCAUUACAAUACUGUGAUAUGCAUUAUUGCCGGGAUAUCACUACGGAAGUCUCCACGCGGCGCGCCGCCGGCGGCGGCCCCGCGCCCGCGCCCGGGGGUCCCGGGGGGCUGGGGGCCGGGGGCGGGGCGGGGGGUCGCGCGGGGUCGCUCGCGUACGAAUCGUAUGCAAGUAGCGUACUU